CUUCAACUAAUCAUAGGUUAAGUAAUAUCUGAAAUGUUCAACUUUUAAAAGCAACACUUUAUUGAUUUUUAACUAAACCUGAUAUCUAAAACUAUUUCAUUACAAUGAUAAAUCUACGGAUUUAUGUAAAAACCUUCGGAAACAAUGGCACAUUUUUCUAAGUACGUUUUAGUCAUUUUUGAAGUAUUAAACGAAAUGUAUUCAGCUCUAGGCACCGGUGCCAUAGGUCUAAUUUGCCUCUGCAAAUUUGGAUUACAAAGAUCUUCUUUCAUUAAGACUUCUGCAAUAUGUGCACUCACUUAUGCUAGUUUUGUUUAUAUUAUGCCUAGCAGAAAACGAAUUGCUGCCAGCAAGAAUAAAGUAGUUUGUAUAACUGGAUGCGAUUCUGGUCUAGGAUUUUCUUUAGCCCAACAUACAGUCGAUUUGGGUUUUACAGUAAUUGCAGGAUUUUUAAGCUUAGACUCCAAAGGGUGUAAGGUACUUAGAAAGAGGUACGGAAAUAAUAUUAUUCAGAUACAACUUGAUAUUACUGAUAGUGCCAGCGUAAGCGCUGCUGUCAAAACUUUGGAACAUUUCUUGGGAAGAAAUCCAGGAUUCUCUCUCCAUGCAAUUGUAAACAAUGCAGGGGUUAUGGUAUUUGGUGAAUUUGAGUGGUUGACAGAAAAUCUCAUACACCAACAGAUAAAUGUGAAUUUAAUGGGUACAUUUAAGUUUACCAAUGCAUUAUGUCCUCUUGUAAGGCAACAUAAAGGUCGAAUUAUUACAAUAUCAAGUCACUGUUCUCAAGCCACUCUACCCGGUUUAGCAGUUUACGGGGCCACAAAGGCAGCUCUAACAGCCUUCAAUGACGGUCUCCGAAUAGAAAUGGCAAAAUAUGGUGUCGGUGUAACAACAUUUAUACCAGGAUCGUUCACGUUACAAAGCAACAUUAUGGCAAAGCAGCUUCAAAACGUUCAAGAAAUGCACGAUAAUUUUACUCAAGAACAGCACACAUUUUACAGCGAUUAUUUCAAGAGGUACAACAUAUACUUGUCUUUUAUUACUCCACCUCCGAUGCCGACUAAAAUCGAGGAUGAAAAAAUGUAUUCAGUUUACGAGGAAACUCUGCUCGACGAACAGCCCAAAGUUGUGUACAAAAACGAGAAUCUCAGAUAUUGGUUUUACCAUACGUUGUUUAAGAUUUCCCCUUGGUUUUUGCGGGAUUAUUUGGUAAAUAAGUUCAUGGCUAUGCCCAGCUAUAUACCGACAAACAGCGCUAAAGAUAAUAUGUUGGAUUACGCCCAAGACGCAGAUUUGUGAUGUACUUAAUUAAAAGUGUAAAUAAAUUUU